CACCAUGUGGUAUGCCAUUGAUGUUGGUAUUUUAUUGGCACAUGUACCAAGAUACAAUGAAAAAACAUUGUUUUGCAUAAUAUCCAGGCAAAUCAUUCGACACAUGAGUUAAUCAGGUAGUGCCACAGAGAAAGUAAACAGAGUACAGAAUAUAGCGUACUGCUAUCGAGAAAGUACAGAUACAAAAUGCUUGGGCCACAAUGAGGUAGAUUGGAAAAUUGGGAAAUGCAGCCCUAGAACAUGAGUGGUCCAUUUAAAUGUCUGAUAACAGCGGGGAAGACGCUAUUCUUGAAACAGGUGGUAUGUGCUUUCACUCGUUCAUAGCUUUUGCCCAACAGGGGAAAGGAGAAGAGAGAAUGAGUGGGGUGUGGGUAGUCCUUGGUUAUGCUGACUGCUUUUGUGAGGCAGCAUGAAAUAUACAUGGAGGUAGUGGUGGAUGAGGCUGGAUUAUGUGAUGAACUGGGCUGCAAUCAUAUCUUUCUACAUUUUCUUUUUGUCUUGGUCAAAUCAGUUGUCAUUCCAAGCUGUGAUGCAUCCAGAUAGAUAUUGGUGAUAGAAAUUGUUUUCUAUGGUGCAUCAGAUAUUGGCAGGAGUUAUUGGAGACAUGCCAAUGUUUCUUAACCAUCUGAGGAAGUAGAGGUGUCAGUGUGGUUUAUUGGCUGUAACUUCAAUGGGAUUGGGCCAAGACAAAUUGUUUGUGAUAUUUACCAUGGAAACAAAGCUCUCAGCCAUCUGUACUUCUGCACCAUUCAUGAUGUUCCACAAUUUCAAUUUCUUCCCGAACUCUAGCCUUUCCACUCUUAAUGUAUGAAUAUAUUUGAAAUGCCUUUGUUAGUUGCAACAACAGCAAACGUCUUAUCCAAAAUUACAAGUGGUAUCCUGGCUUGCACUCCAUUGCCCUCUUUGAUCUCUUUGCAUGAGGCACUUGGCCAUGCCAUCUUCCUCCACUCAUCAGUUAUCUAACUCCACAGGAUUAUACUUGUUUCCUUGCACUACUAUCCACAUAUUGAUUUACAUAUUUAUUUUCCAGUCCCAUGCACCAUCCCCUGCAGAAUCCAUCCUUUUCCAACUCUUUGCUUAAGUAUGUACUGUCCCUUUGUGGCAUCACAUUCCACUUGUAUUAAGAUUAGGUGUACCUUUUCACUAAUACUUUUCUACCCUGACACAAAUUUCAUAAUGGAACAACUGAAUUACUUCCCAAUCUUGAGCUGAUCCAGUCCAUCCAUAACCUUGCCCUUCCAUUCAACCUAGAACUGAAUUUAGGUCUUAUAUCUUAUCCAUCACCAAGAUUGCUUAUUUCUAGUUUUCCCAAGAACUCUUAGCCAACCCCCAAAACUGAAAUCCUCUGGACUUGAUUAUUCCAAUAUUUUUCUUGCUGGUCUCUUUCUUCAUUUUCCCUAAUUUCUCUAUGGGUAUCUGAGAGAGAGAAUGUAUUACCAGGAAAUAAAUGGAGGCAGGGACUGAUGGGAAAGUUCUGAGAUCUGGAAUUGGCUUGAUGGGCUGAAUGGCCUCCUAUAACCAUAAGGAAAAAUAAAAAUGAAGAUUCCUCUGAAAUUUUCCACUCUAACUAUCCAUAUGGUCAUUUUAAUGUUAACAUUGAUACAGAUUAAGGAAUCUUUCUCUUUUAUCUCCAAUAGUUUAAACCUUCCAAUAGUUUAAAUCCGUUGUUUAAACCUUCUAUUAUAAAUAAAUCAUUAACACAAUGGGAAAGAAUAGGAAUUAAAACGCUCGGAGAUAUGUAUCAAACUGGAAAAUUAUUAUCAUUCCAACAAUUACAAUUAAAAUACAAUUUGAGAAAUAAUCAUUAUUUUAAAUAUUUUCAAAUAUGUGACUAUUUGAAAAAAUAUACACAAGAUUAUUAUAAUAUGCCACCUGAUUUACUGGACGAAGCAAUGAAGACAAAGGCCGAAUCAGCAAAUUUAAUAUGAUACUUGUAUAGCAUCAUUCUAAAUAUAGAAAUACCGUCAACCGACGGUGUUAGAAGAGACUGGGAACAAGAAUUAGCUAUAAAAAUUUCACAAGAGAGGUGGAAUGAACACUUACUAUAUAUGCAUAAAUGCUCGAUUAACGUAAGACACACUUUAAAAUCAAUUUAAACUGUUACACAGAUUAUACUAUUCAAAAACCAAUAUAAGCAAACCUUUUCCUAAUGUCUCACCUAUGUGUGAUAAAUGCCUAUCUCAAGAAGCUACUAUAGAGCAUUCGUUUUUUGUAUAAAAAUUCAAAAGUUUUGGACAGAAAUUUUUGAAAUCUUUACAAAAUUAUUUAAAAUAAAACUGAUACCAAAAGCAGAAUGGAUUAUUUUUGGAACAAUGGAAGGUAGCCCUGAACUAAACGUGUUUCAAAAGAAUCUAUUUAAUUACGGGUUAAUAACGGGAAAAAAGCUUAUACUUAAAUUCUGGAAAAACGCUCCUAUACCAACAAUAAAUAUGUGGAUUUCAAAUAUGUUUGAAACAUUAUGCCUGGAAGAUAUGCGACUCCUUCUUGCAGGCAAAUCAGACCACUUCCAAAAGACGUGGUCUGCAUUUACCGACUUACUACAAGUAUAAGGUGCAACAGCACUUUAAAAAUAAAUUAUGUCAGGAUCUGGUAAGGGGGGAUGAAAAAUACGAAGUUGGUAUAUCCCUUUUUGCGCAGUCUUCAUAAUAGAGCUUUUGUUUCUUUUUUCUUUUUCUUCUUUUCUAUGGCCUAUUUCUUAACUUUUUUCCCUAACUCAUUGCUCAAUGGGUCUUUCUUUUUGAUCACUCUUUCACAUUAUCACGACUUUCUCUCACUUCCUUUACUUUCUUUAUUUCUCUCUUUUUAAAGCUUAAAAAAUGAAGUGGUACAAUAAAUGUAAUAAGAUAUAUUUGGCUUGUACUAUUGUAAUGUACUGUACUUCUAAUAAAUACAAUUAUUUUAAAAAAAGUUAAAAAAAGAAUUAGAGGAUCACACACAUACUUUUUGAUAAUGCACAGGAUAAUUAGAGCAUUGUUUUGCUCUGUUAAGGAUCCUCAUUUGAAAUGUACAUUUCCAGUGCUAACCUUUCAUAAUAAGAUGACAAAAAUAAAAAUAUUACAGCAGCAAAAAAAAACAAACAAAAAAACAUUGAAACAGAUUGUGACUCAAAAUCAUGGCUAGAAAAUAAAUUUUAUCUUCAGGAAUUGUGAAUGAAUGAAUGAAUGGAUGAAUGAAUGAAUGAAUGGAUGAAUGGAUGAACGAAUGAAUAAGUUUACUGUGCAACAAAAUUACAUUACAUCUCCUCCGGUUAAAAAAUACAAACACGACAACCAUUGACACAUAUGUACACUUAUUAGUAAAAAUAAUAAAUAAGUAUUUAAAAAGAAUUUUAAAAGAAUGUUGCAUUUCUUGGAAUUACAUUUUGCUUCCCCAGUGUUCUCUGUUGAAUUUAAGCUCUUUUAUCGCACAUGUGCCCACAUACAAAAUGUUUAACGCUAUACUAGUUGACCUCUCAUGUCAUUGCAUGCAGAAAGUAAAGUCUAACAAAAUUGUUACAGGGUAGGGACAAUUGGUUAACGGCAUUUCAAUGUCAUUUGGUUUAUAUUUCAAAAUCAAAUAUUGUUACCUUAUUAUUAGUUUCAUGUUAUUGUUCAAUAUGUUCUUAGAGAUACAUAGAUGAAACUCUUCAGUCUAAACAGUCAUGGCAAAGUGCAAUUACUAUGGAACACAAAUUUGGACUCAGUAUUCUUUAUAUAUAUAAAAUUUAUAUGAAUUUAUAAAACAAAGGGGGAAAAUUGACGAAAAGAAAAACAUAUUCAUGGUAAUGUGCGUACACAGAUCAGAAUUAUUUAUUAUUGUAGAGAAGGAUGAUUUUCUGCCUUUCAAAGGGAAACGUGCAUUAGUAAUUGUCAGAAAAACAAAAUGAUGCGAGGUUGGAUUUUGAAGGGAAAGGCCAGCAUUUCUGAGCACUGACCAAACUAAUGGCAACAGGGUUUGAAUUACAUCACAUGCAAACACAAAAGUAGAAACCCCAAACUUUCUAUCAAUUGUUCAGUUGUUUUCCAACUGUGCACCAUUGUUGAUGCAAAGAUCUGCAGAUGUUGGUUUACAAAAAUAGAGACAAACUGCUGGCGUAACACUGUAGGUCGGGCAACAUCUCUCGAGAACAUGUAGCGGUUACGUUUUGGAUCAGGAUUCAUCUUCAGCUAUUGUGGGGGAGGGGGGUAAAAGAGCUGGAAGAGAGGAGGGGCACACCAUUAUUUGGUCAACUCAUGGAAUCCAGCAGUGGAAUCUAAAUUUGCAGCAAUUGUUUGGCUGGAAAUUGGUUCAAACAACUUCCGUCAGACCCGAGGCGAAUAUCCAUUAUCACCUAAACAUUGUGCUUUAGCUGCAUCAUUGCACGCAACUGGGUUGAGUCUGUGCCAGCCACAACCUGACCCUUGUGACAUUGCACCAUUCAUUCUCUUCUUUCUUCAAGAAAUACAAGUGAAAGAGAGAUUCCUAUUCAGAAAUACAUUGGCUGCAGAUGCAGAAACACCAAAUGGGGAGAGGAAUAACAAAAUAAAUAAUGAAAAAUAAAUUGGAAAUAGCAUGAACAUUUCACUGUAAAUAUUUUAUACUGUAAAAAAUGUAAAGGUCCUCAUGCAAUUGGUUGACUUGUGCCAGCAUGAACCUUGAAAAUCUGUAUAAAUAUCUAAAGAAUCAGUAUCACUUAACUUUAAUAUAGUUAACUGAAAAUUAGCGGGCUCUUCUUAUCUCUGUUAUGAGCACAAUAGAAAUUUAGAACGGAACCAAUUAUCCAUUGAUUUUUCACACCAUGGAUCAGGUAGAGACAUUUUUUUUAAACAUUUAAUCCAAGUAGGAAAAUCUUAGAAAAUAUGGAAAAUGAAAGUGAAGAGAACUUCAAAAAUACUCGGAAAGCAGAUCAGCUCCAUCCGUGUAAAUAUUAUUCUCUUUCACACCACAUCAAUUAAUGUGGCACUCAGUGUAAUCCCAGUUCUGUUCUGGUGUCUGAUAGCUUAUGGAAUAAUUAGUUAUGCCUCCUCACCUUAACAAAGCCAAUACACAUGAAUUAAAUGCUGAUUUCAGGCCUCAGAUUAGAAUUUCAGGUCUCACAACUGUCCUCGACUUGCAGGUGUGUCUGUGCUUGCUUCACCGUGACAAAUUAAGUCUCAGCCAUAAUUGGAGACACAAGUAACUGCAGUUGUUGCUUCACAAGUAAAAUAUACAAAGUGCUGUAGUGUGAAUCGGGCAGGAUCUUUUUAGGUUCUGCCUGACCCACUGAGUUACUCCAGCACUUUGAGUUUUUAUCUUUGCCAUAAUUGCAAGUUAAAUUAUUUUCUUUUGUUUAGGAUUUAUAGGGGCUUUGUGUUUAUUGAAUGUACAUUUAUGUCGAUUUAAAGCUCUAAUAAUUCUUAAGCUGCUAUUUGUUUUCAAUAAUUUCUUUUAAAAAGCAUAAUUGACCUUUGACUUCUUUGUUUGCAGUCAUGUGAUACAUGCAGUAACUCUUAAUGACAUGGACUGUGGCCAUUUCUUUACUUUAACCACUCGACACGUGAAGAUUAAACGAGACUCUGUUUAUGGUUUUGGAUUUGUGGCAGGUGGUGAGAAGCCUGUGAUAGGGUGAGCAGUGGCACCAGGCAGUCCAUCGGAGGGCAGACUCAUCCCAGGCGAUCAGAUUCUAGCCAUAAAUGAUGAGUGCGUCAGCAUUGCCCCGAGGGAAAGAUUCAUAGACCUUGUAAGAAAUGGCAAGGAUUCCAUUAUUCUGACUGUCCUUCAGACUUAUCAAUCUCCAAAAUCUGCCUUUAUCAGUGCCGCCAAGAAAGCACAGCUUCGGACAAACCCUGUCAAAGUGCGGUUUUCCGAAGAGGUUACAGUCAAUGGAAAUAAUUCUGACCCUAUGAAAGAGGAAACUCUAAUGUUGAUCUCAAACGUGCUGAAUGUGUAUCUGGAAAACGGUCAGAUGAAAUCGUUCACCUUUGAUAGUAGAACAACUGUGAGGGACGUGAUUCUCACGCUACAGGAAAGGUUGUCUCUCAGGUGCAUAGAACACUUUGCACUGGUGCUGGAGGUGGGCAAUGAAGGUCCAGAGAAGAAACUUCUGCUGCUGCUUGAAGCAGAGACUUUGAUACAGGUUGUGCAACGUAGCCAUUUUAACACCAUGAAAUGCAUCCUCAGGAUCACCUUUUUUCCAAAGGACCCAGUUGACCUACUGAGGAGGGAUCCAGUGGCAUUUGACUACUUGUAUGCUCAGAGCUGCAGUGAUGUGAUGAAAGAACGUUUCAGUGGUGACUUGGCGGAAAACAUAAUGCUACAAUUGACUGCAUUACAUAUCUAUAUCACAAUCUCUACUGCAAGAACCAAUCAGAAGAUUACACUCAGAAAUGUUGAAAAGGAAUGGGGUCUUGAGCUAUUCCUGCCAUCAUCUCUUCUGACGUACAUAAAGGAAAAACAUGCACGGAAAAUUCUCUCGCAUCAUCUCAAAGCAACACAAGCCCCAGGUCCUUUAGGCAAAAAGAUCUCGACAGUCCAAGCCAAACUGCAGUAUCUGCGAAUCCUGAAUGAGCUCCCAUUGUAUCCUGGAGGACUAUUUAACUCCGUUGUUCUGGACGCAAAGCAAUCAGAAAUGACUUUGCUAGUUGGGCCACAGCACGGCAUCAGCCACGUUAUAGACCUGAAAACAAAUCUCACCACCAUCUUGGCAGAGUUCGGAUGCGUGAAUCGAAUUCAGUUGUUCAAAGAGAAGGAGAACGUGGCUCGGGUUGAGCUAACCAUAUCAGAAGCUAAGCCUAUUGUGUUGCUGAUGGAGUCAACAGAAGCUGUAAAUUUUGCUUGCCUGAUAGCAGGUUAUUACAGAUUAUUCAUUGACGCAAAGAAGAUCAUAUUUUGUAGCGCCAAUGUGCAGCCUCAAGCGAACAAGGCAGGUAUGCUUGACUACAGAAAUAUACCGAACAUUCUGCAACCAGAAUGGACUAUUUCGUCGUCAGGUCCCAUUCUAAGCCCCGAGGGAAGAGGUACAAGUUGUCCUCACAAUCUGCCACACCACAGUGAGUCUCAGACUGCAUGUAAUCUGAUGCCAAACACCUCAGAGUCCAAUCUGGUAAGAUAUCACUUUUUACAAAUGCAAGAAAGAAGAAAGGAAUUUGAAAAUCAAAUCAAUAUUAAUAAAAACUUCAUCUUUUUUGAGGAGUCAAGACCAAGGACAAAGUCUGAUCCCACACCAAAUACAUCAAAAAUGAGACAAAGCAACUCUGACAUCAUGAGUCUUUCAGGGCAGCAAGGAUUUCUGAGUAGGGGGAGAGCAAACACAAUGGACAGCCAGAUGAAAAUGGCAAUUGCUUAUACCACAGACCAUCACAAUUGUAUCUGUCCGAAAAUACCAAUGCAGCUAACAAGAGUUAAUAGUGCAAAGAUCCUCCCUAUAAUAAUCAAAGAAAAUGACGAAUUGCUUUGUGAUGCCUGUAAGGUCAAAAUGAGAGGCAAUAUUAUUCCUAGAGGAAGCAGUACAGAAAAGUGUUUAAACUCUUGCAAUUAUCGGGAUGAUGUGGUUGAUCUAACAACUCUCCCCCUGCCGGGAAACGAUGAAGACCAUGAAGGAGAAGAGUAUCAUUCUCUACUUCCCACGUUGGCAGCUCCUCCACCUGGUUUCAGGGAUAACAGUUCAGAUGAGGAUGACUCGAAGAGAAGAACCAGUCAAAGCUUAGCUUCUAGUCGACAACCUUGUGAUAUACACUUCAAUGAUAUAUCAGUGUCACUAAUUGAUGGUGUUCAAACAAGGACUGUCAAACACCAUGCCCGGGAACUUGAUGAUGCCCUGGUUUCCACACUCCAGGCCCUGGAAGCUUUAGCUGCAGCUGAAGAAUGUCCACGUAGUCAACCACAAGAAGGUUCAGGUUUGAUUGUAUUGGCAGCUAUGACACCAGAGUCAUCACUGGAUUCUGGCCAUGAAACAAAUUCUUCAGAAAUGACAGACAUCUCUGAAAUGGUCUCAGCGAUAAAGCAACGUCAUUUACUUGCUUAUCAGGGAAACAAAACUGGUCUAAUUAUGAAAAAAGAUUUUCCCUUGGGUGCUGUAAGAUGUUGUGCACAAGCUGCUUUCAGAGGAGUUCCUUGUCCAAAGAGAUAUUAUGAAGAAGGAAACACGUUAUCUGCAGUUGCUUCAUCUACGCAGAAUAACUUAUCUAGUUCCAUUAGGCUAAAACCUGGUCACACGACUGGAUUUUGCACGGUUCACAUGAGACCUCAGGUAUUUGCUCAUUCUAAUGAAAUUACAAGCAGGCCAGAAAAUGUUACUUUAAUGCCUGUUCUUCAACAGAAUUGUCCAACCUGUCCAAAAUCAGCUGGAGACCAGAUGCCCAAGCAACAAACAAUUCAACCCAAAGAGUUUUCCAAAAGCCUGACAUGUCCAGAUGAGAUAGCAAAUCAGAAUGAAGAAAAAUCAUCAUUUUUUCAUAUAGAAGAUGAAAGAACAUGUAGUAAGCAGUUAAUAAAUAGAAGAAACUCUGAAAAUAGCCCCAGAAUCAUAAGCCCGGAAAUCCACCAAGAAAAUUCAUCAAGCUAUGUCUCAACAAACAAUACUUCUCCAGUUUGUAGGUACACAGACAGCUGUGCUAAGUGUGAUGCUUCAAAAAAUGAGUAUUUGAAAUAUGAAGGAAGUAUGCAGGGAAACCUCAGACCGUGUGAAUGUCAUUUGCUGAAGACUGAGGCAAGGCAAGUAGACUCUCAGGCCCACAGAACAACUGUCUUCCAUACUUGCACACCAAAGAACAAUGAAGUGACUUAUGUCAAGGUGAGCAACAGGAAAUAUCAACCAGCAUUGGAAAUAUCAACCAGCAGUAAGGAAAUCUCAGCAUUGUUCAAUGAUGAUCUGAUAGAUUUGACAGAUGUUCCAGCAAUUCAAAGGAAUGAUUACACCAACACAGUAAAGGAAGGUCAACCCAUGAGAAAUAGUUCCCCAAGUCAAGGGUGUUAUCACAGUCCUUACAGAUACCCAGUUGUUACUUUAGGGCCAGAUAACAGCACAGCACAGCAAGAUAAUGCUGAAAAGAUGAAAUGUCAGGGAUGCCCAUGUUCUUGUAAAGCUAUUAGUUUAGAGAAAACCACUGGCAUUUCAAUGUGCUCCAAGCCUUCCAGUCUGUGUGAUGUAACAUUGCCACCACAUGUCACAUCAUCUCCAGCAUCAGAAAAUGUCUUUGAUGCCAAACAGCACACAUCGCUUAUUCCUGAUAAAGUUAAGUCACAAAAAGGCUCCCUGCUGAAUUUUAAGAAUCUCUUCUCAGCUACGUUUCCAGCAAGAUUUAAGAGAGAGAGUGAUGAAAGGCAGGAGCAACUUCAGAAGGUGAAACAAUAUGAACUUGAAUUUCUUGAAGAAUUACUCAAGCCCAAAACCAAAGUUGACAUAUUAGCAGAAGAUUAUGUUUAUCGCAAAGGAUCUGGACAUUGCCCUUGUCAAAUCAAAAGUAGUCCAGUUGGGAAUAUUCCCGGUUUAUCCAGGGAACGACGUCGUAGCUGUGACUGUAAACGUCGAAGUUUGGCUUGUGACUCGAUGUGUUUUCAAUCAAUCCCCAGUACUCUAGAUUCACAAAGAGCAGAUCGAGGCAAAGGCGCUUUUGUUCACAAGCAGCCUAAAACCAACGUUGCCCCACCUGCACUAAAUAUCAGUACCAAACAAAAAGCAGCUCGUAGGCGGACCUCGAGUCUCGAGUCCAGCGAUAAUAGAUCUGAACAGCAGCCUGGUGUGCUUUGCAUGAUGGCACAUGGUGAUUGUCUGAAAGUGCCACAUGGCAAAAAAUUGGAGCGGCACCAUAGUGCCACCAACAUCGUCCCUGAGGCAGAAAUAAGUGAAAUAACUUCACAAGGUUCAGAGAACAGUACCUACAGUAUGGCUACAUCCAAGACAGAAGAAACUAAGAAAGAAAAAGGGAUAGAAUUUACGAGAAGAGGCCUUAAAAACCAGUGCCAGGAGCCAGCCCAGCUUGACGAUCCAUCUUGUGUACAAAUUUCCAACACAGACAAACAACAAAGAUCCCCGGCUAUUUUCUCUAUUCAGAGAGAAUUCAAACCAUCAAAGUCAGUGCCACUUCUGAAAGAGGACAUGGCCAGCAACAACCGAUGCUGUUCCUUUAAGUAUUGCUUUUAUUAUAGAAACUGUGAUGUUGCCGAUGACAGUAGUGAAAAGGACGAACUUUCAUAUUCAGUACCAAUGCAGCUUCUUCCUGACUUGAGGUCUGACAGUUCAGUGACACUCAGUGAAACGUUAGCUAAAACUGUUCAAACAUUAGACAGAAAUGUUUCCAAUGGUGAUGAUGACAAUGUACAGCAGGAAGCAAUGUCGAAUGAUAUGGGACUUGAUAACAGCUUAACAAGAAUAAAUGCUCUGCAGAAUAGUGUGUACACAUUACCUGAAGGCUUUAUUGCUGCUCAGAAAGACACUAGUGAACUGUUAUGCAUCUUAAGGCAAUGCACAGCAAAUCGUGGAAAUCAUGAUCCAAAACUUUACAUUUCACAUCUGGAUGAGUACAAACAGUCACUCACACUUAAGUUUAAAGAGCUGCGAACUGCAUGUAAAAGAGUGGCAGCAGUAGACAAAAGCCCAUCACGCAUGCUUUCAGCUAUCUCAACUAGCUUUCAAGUAUUAUGUGGCCUCAUUGAGGCUUUUGUGCACUUGGUUUAUAUUGUGCGGUCAGAAAGGCAAUGCAGAGAACUCCUCUCUAAAGUGGAAGAAGUGGUGAUCAAUUACACGUUUUUACUCCGAGCAGCAGAAGAAUCAUCAAGUAAGACAUCUGCUCAUCAUUUGUCAAAGCAGUCAACUUCUGUAACUACAGUAGUCAACACAUUUACUCGUUCAAUUAAAACAUUGAUGAACAAAUAACUUCAUGAAGCCAUGCACUCAAGCACCAUCUUUUGUGUACUACUUACCAAAAACUUUAAACAGACUCCAGUGUCCUGUGCUUGGUAGUCAUUUAUGUGAACAGUAUUUUAUCUGUUUCUCUCCUGCUUUGUUCCCACAUUAUCUGUUCUUGAAAUGCUAAAUGUAUGUGGUAAGUCUUUCUACUAAAUCAAACUAGAUCUGUAACUCCACCUUACCACUGUAUAGGGCAAAGCUGCCUUUCAUUUCUGAGUCCAACCCUUUCCUCAAUUCUUGUAUCAAAAUUGUUUAUUAUUCUCAGAUAUUUCUACAGUAGCAGAACCAUCCAAAUCCAGAUUCAGAAGAAUUAUUAGGAAGAGAACAUUUGGCAGGGUUGGAUGUAAGAAGAGUUGUUUAGACUGCCUAAAACUAUAAAAAGCUAAGAGACUAAGAGACGCCAUUUUUCCAACAGCUAUACUAUAGAAAAAUACCCAAAACAUAUGUACUGGCUGUAAGUUUGUUACUGAACUAAAACUAUUCUUGCAAUGAAAGAUUAUUAUUGAUAGAGAUCUGAAGCUUUAAUGAUAAUGCAACUGAAAGCAUGAAUUUUGAUAGGCCAAGUAACCAUAAGACACGUAUGUGUUGGUCUCAGGAGAGGACCCUUCAAAGGUAUUACUGUAUUUCAAAAGUAAGAUAUGGAAAGAAGCCACUGUGACCCUAUACCCCAUCAUUGAACCUUUAUUCAAGUGAGUUGUUGGUAUUGUAGCAGGUUGGUAGCUACUGUGAAUCUUCUUUUGUGCUACACGCUAGUAUUUAUUCAUUAUCUAGCUCAUUUGGAUAAGCGCAUCACUAAUCCAGACAUAAUUCAGUUCCUACCACAAUUCAUUUCAAUAACUCAUACUUCGUCCUUUUCAUUUUCCAUAUACUGAGAUCCAGUGGACACUUUUAAUUUACGCGCCUGCAGUGAAAACUAAUAUAUUAAAUCCUUUUUAUUCAUUCCUCGUGUAAAAUUGAGUUGAAGAUGUCCCUUUCCCACAGGAAAAGGUUAACUGAUUCAUCAAAAAUACUAAUUAUCGAGAUCAUUCGGAAAGUCAAUGGAAUAACAUUUGCCUCGGGUGGUAAUGCAAAAUGAGUAUUAUUGCGUUGAUUGCCUACCAUUAAGGUACAAAACAGGUACCCAUAUUCAGUCCCAUUAUAAUCAAUGGAAUUAAGUUUCAAGUCAUGCUUGUAAUAGCUGAUAUUUUGUGCUGCUGCCCAAGGUGUAGUGUCAGUCCUAAAAGUUCCUGGCUUGGUUUGGACUGAACUGCUGAAUAAAUAUAUUUUGGUACAAAGAUUUCUAACACAACAAUUUUAAUGUAUAAUUUUAAUGCAAUUAUGACAUUUCUUGGCAAGCUCUUCAUAGGGAAGAAAUCCUUCAUUGUUUGUUUUACACCCAUUGUACAGGAUCGUUGUAGGGUUUUUUUGUUUUUUUUUAAGAUAUUCAGAUGGAAGUAAUUUCUUCUACAUUUCUACUUUUAAAAUGGUUCCUUUAAAGUUCUCGUACUUUUUGGGCCUUCCCACAAUAAAUCUUUUUGUUGCCAUUGCAUUUUCUUUUUACCUUACAAUGUGAGAUAAUGAUGUAACAAAUCAAAAUCAGCUUUUUUUGCACUUGCAGUGAAUUCUGCUGAGUUAUACGAGGUCAGAAACGAAGUAGUUGAGGAUUUCCUGGCACUGAAGAAUCUAGAGAUCGUUGAACAAUGAUUUCUAAAUCUGGAAACACUUUAAAGUUUUUGUUGUUAUUCUUCCUUUAUAGUAUCUGACUUUUUUUCUUGCCAGAUUACCAGCCAAUUUUCAGACCUCGUUUUGCCAGUUUCUCAGGAAAAGAUAUGACAUUCCUCAUGAACGAGACUUCAAUUGUUUUGUUUUUAUCAAUAACAACAGAAGGCUUACUUCAAAAUUUCAUGUUUUAUAUUUUUAUACAGAUAGAGCAUUAUAUUGGCAAAAUGUUAGACUGUGACAAUGUUGUACAGGAGCUAUUGACCAAUGACGGGUCAUUGUGGACGCAUGAUAAAAUAUUUUCAUCAGUGAUAUGAAUGAGUGGGAAAACCAAAAUAGAUUAGUAAAGAUGUGGGUAACAAUGGAUGACAUUAGGUGUGCAGAAUAAUUUAGCAUGACAACCAACUUAGUUAUAAUUAAUUACAGAAACAGAUGCAGCUGCCAAAACAUUCUCAAUAACUAAAAAGCACCCAAUUAUCCCAAGCAAAUAACGACAGAAAACUCUUCUAAACCAAAAAUAAAAACUCAACUUCCAAUUUUUAACACAUUCUUACAUGCUAAUGUCACAAUGGAGGAUCGACCCCAUUGGAUAGAACAAAGGAAAUUCCAAUUCCCCAUUACAAGGGUGGGGUCUUUGCACCAUGUAUCACUGGACUAGCCUACAAAAGUGUUUUUUCCAAUUUGUUCUAGGCUGAAUGGGAUCAAGCAUUUCCAAUGCCAGCAGUAAAGAACCAUGCAUCCUUGUAUAUCAAUGAUCUGAUAUGUUUCUCGAUAGUGUACUUAUGGACAACCUAGGAUGUAUUCCUUGAUGAGAUAGGGUAUCUAUGAAGCAUAGUUUCAUGAGUUGUGUAAGAUUUACAUUGGCAGUCGGAUAUGCAAAGCGUAGAAUAUAAGUAAUCUAUUUAAUGCAUAUAUUAUUGUUAAGUAGACUUAACCUUUCAAGUUGUCUUGUCUUCAGUGUGUUUCUAUGUCUAGCAGAUGGCGUAGAUGUUAUGUUUAGCUGCCAUUUUCUGCUAUUCAUGAUAUUCUGUCAUUUCCCUGGUGAAAGAUCAUCAAAGUUCAAAACUAGGAAGCAUAUCUUACAUUCAUUUCUCCAUUUCAACAGCAUCAAUUGUGUGUAUAAGAGCAAUGCCAUGGUGCUGCCUUCCCAUCAUUUUGUUCUAUCUCAGCUCAAUGCAUUUUCAGUCCCUAAAUUCUUAGUUAUCGGUUCUUCUUGCCUUUGCUAAUGUAUCAAAAACAUUGAGCCCCAGAAAAUGUUGCAAUAUUUUGUUUAGCCCCAUUGCAAUAAUUUCCUUUUAAGAAAUAAGAUCCAUUUACAUUUACUCAGAAUGCAUCUUUAAGGGCUGUAUAUUUAUAUCAUGUCCUAUCCACAUCCUCUCUGUAAAUGACAAAUAGCACAGAGAACUUUAUUAAAUAAUAUUCAGAAACUAGGAUCUAACACUGCAACUCUCCAUUGCAUAAGAUAGGCAGCUGCAAAUAGCAGCUGAAGGCACUACUGUCAAUGGGAUUGUCAAUGUAAAAACAGUUUAUCUGCAAGUAUCAUAUAAAAAACAUGGAAAGUAUUUAAUUCUUAGGAAUCCAAUAAGGUUCCUGCACACCAAGUCUUGAAGGUUGGAGUGGCCCACAAAUUUCAAAGGGAUUGUCAAGUACCUAUGCUACUCGAAGCACAGGUUGGGCACCCAUUGGCCAACUGCGCAAGUUACUGUCAAGAACAGAUCACUGUGAGUGUUCGUCCUCAGUAAGAGGGAUAAUAUAAAAUGGUUUGAUAGUCAAACGUAUUCAGCAGAUUUAGAUGUUCAGUUUGCUUACAAAUAUUUUGUCCUCAUCUCUUAAGUGCAGAUUUAAUCUUUUGUUAAUUUCUAAUCUAUAUUGGUAAAGCAACUUAAACCGUACACUAUUAAGAGAUAUGUUUGCAUUGCAUAAUCUGAAAAGGAUUAAAGGAGAAAAGAUGCAAGAAAUUGAGUGAAAAUUUUAAACAAUUUGUCUUCAAAGAUUCUACAAGUACAUAAUUUGGUCUAAAACUUUCCUGAAUUAUUGAAUUUGCUAAUUAAUGGCACAAAUGGCAAUUCAGGAAAUGAUUUUUUAAAUAUUUUUCUUAACUAGAAGCAAAAUGUAUUAACUCAAACUGUGUACACUCCAAAGCAAAAAGUAAUUAACAACCUAAAAAUUAAAGAUAAUGCACCAAACAUUUUCCAUAAACAAGUGUAUUAAUUAACCGUCAAUAACAUACUAUAGUUCUAGCUCCAGGCUUCUAAUUACUAGUGCUGGAACACUGUCCCUAUAAGAGGGAUAAUUACAAGUUGGGCAUUGGUAAGAAUGAAUCUAAGGCUUUAGCAGCUAACCAACAAACUCCAAAUUAUCUAGAAACAACAUAGCCACAAAUUACAAUGAAGUGUUAAAUGAUUCAGAGCUAAAGUUCCAAUUCAGAAAUUAUUUUUAACAUACAAGUUGCUUCUCCCACCUUUUUUCUACUAACCAUAUGAGUAUAUACCUCUAUUUCAUUCCCCAUAUUGGCCUUACAGUACAUUCAGAAAGUAUUCAAACCCCUUCACUUUUUCCACAUUUUGUUAUGUUACAGCCUUAUUCUAAAAUGGACGAAAUUAUUUUUUUUAUCACCAUCAAUCUAAACACAAUACCCCAUAAUAAAAAAGCAAAACAGGUGUUUAGAAAUUUUGCAAAGUAGUCAAAAAGAAAUAAUUGAAAUAUCACGUGAAAUUAUUGUGACUAUUGGUGAAAGAUCAUAAUAUAAUAAAAAUCAAGUAACCAAGAAAAAUAAUUAAAUCAAGUAAAGGAUGGUUUAGAUUUUAGGGUUUGCUUCUAACUAUUUAAAUUAUACAGUUUUUUAUAAUUUCUAAAUGUACUAUGAACUAACAUAAAGGGUGGCUGCUAUUUAUCAGUGUUUUCUUAUUUCUCUUUGUGGGCCUCACUGGAAAUACAAUCAAAUUUUCUCCUCUUGUACCCUUGGUGCUAGUGAUGAACCACAGAGUAUCUGGGCCAUGGAAAUUACUCCUGAUCAAUUUCCACUGAGCAGCAGAAUUGUUCUUUUGUAUCAGAGACACUCCCAAGUCACAGAAGGAUUCUGAGAGCCGCCCGUAAGUUAAAAUUUCCCUAAGCCAGAAUUGCUGUCAGCUGAAAUUGCAGAAGUUACUCUAAUAGGUUAGUACAGAUCUUAGAUAAUUUUAGAUUUUACUUUGAACUUAAUAAGUAAGUUUAUUGGCCAAGUAUUCACAUACAAGGAAUUUGCCUUGGUGCUCCGCCCACAAGUAACAACAUGACAUACAGUGACAUUUACGAAUGACUCAGAAAACACUAAACAUUAAUAAUAAUAAAACAUUAAUGAUAAAUCACCAUUGAUCAAGCAUGUGAACCAACAAAAUACCAGAUCAAAGGGAGGCUACAGAUUUUUGGCUUUUGAGUAGAGCAACAGUCCGGAGUCGCCUUCCAGAGGGAAGUGAU